UUGGUGGCUUGUUAAGAUAUUUUCCCUGGUACUGCAAAGGCAUUUUUGGAAUCUUCUCUUCUGGGCAAGACGGCAGAAGUGGCCUGGUGCCUUCUCCCCUGAAAUAUGUCCGUAAGCAUUUACGGAAACUUCACAUGGCAACUAUUCACAAUAUGGAGUGAGAGGGCUGAUUCCGCUGAUAGAAUGGGUUCCCAAGUCGUUCCACACACCUUCCAUGACAUGGAAAUAUUUCCUUCAUCAUCACAAGUUCAUGAAAUGCUUCAUUGUGCAAAUGAAUGUUCUAAGAGGCCAAACGGGGACUACAUAACAUUUGGAGAAUUUUGUGUUUAUGCAUCUGAGCUUAAGUCCAGUUAUGAAAAUAAAAUACCUAGACCCACUCCUUUAUCAAAAGUAUCAAAAGAAACCAGAAGAUUAAGUGCCAGGAGAAGGAGUGUUCUUCCUCGUAGUACAUCAAAAUACCAAGUGUUUCUUGGAGGUUCUUGCAAUCCAACCACUUGGAGACAACAUAUUGCAAUACCCACCUUUAAAAACUUAAACAUCACAUAUUAUAAUCCACAAGUUGCACAGUGGGGGCCAGAGCUCAUUGAAUUAGAAAAUCAAGCAAAACAGAAUGCUGAAGUGAUGUUUUUUGUGAUAGAUAACCAGACCAGAUCUGUUGCCUCUAUGAUUGAAGCUGCACAAGUAGCAGGAACACAACGAAAGUUAAUAUUAGUUGUUCAUGAAUUUGAAAAGCCUGGAUCUGUUGUUAUGGGCGAAACAAUUACUGAAAAAGAAUUUCGUGAUCUACAGCAGGGCCAGCGAUAUCUGCAAGAUUUGGUGGAAAGGCAAGGUAUCCCAGUCUUCAACAACAUCAUGAACGCUGUUCACAGUACAGCCACCAUCCUACGCAAAAAUAUAAAGCCUCAAGAGCUGACCAUUGAGGAUGCAGCACGACCGGUGAAAAUGGCUUAUUUGCAGAUAGGAGACAAACUCAUAAAACUAAGAGAAGUUUUUGAUGACUUGGAUGCAGAUAAUUGUGGUGAAAUAACCUUGAAAGAUGUUUGCAUGGCAUUCAAGAUACUCACUGGUUCAGAACUUCCCAUCGAUGAAUUAAAGUCUGUGAUUUCUCAACAAAAAGGUUUCGGCCAUGAUGCAUUAAAGGAUUUUGCAUUUAAUGAUUACAAGGUUGAUUUCAACCAGUUUUGCUGCAUCAUGACUGAACUUAGGAAUCAGGUUGAUAACGGUUACCAUUUUGGUGCCUUGAAAAACAAAGCUUCUGAUAUUUUAUGUUCUGUACUCACUCCUCUAUCAAAAUUAGCUGAGUGGAUUCGUCCAGAUAAAAGAGCAAAAUAUGAUGAUGCAAUUGAGAAUGAUGUCCCUUAUGCUGCUACAUGCCGAGAUAUAUAUCUUGGUGGUGCAAGAAAACCUUCUACAUGGAGGGAAGACAUUGCAAUUCCUCUAUUGAAGAAAAAAGGCUUGACUUAUUUCCUUCCGCAAGACGGCGUUUGGAGUGAGAGAUUAAUUCCAAUGGAAGCUACUAACAUGGAAAACAGCCAAGUUUUGCUUUUCGUCAUAACAAGUGAUUCUAGAUCACUUUCAGACAUGAUUCUUGCUGCUCACUAUUUUGGAUUAGGAUGUCAAGUUGUUUUGUGCAUACAGUACAUACCAGAUGACAUAGAAAUUGACGGUGAAAAGCUCUCGAGCCAAGCUGUGAAAGACUACAAUAGGGGACGGGUCUACCUCUCAGACUUGGCCACUCGAGCAGGAGUGCCAGUCUUUGACAAAAUUGAUGAAGCUGUGAACUGUGCAGUGGAUUUGUGCCUGAAGAAUUCCUAAAAGGGGACAGCCAGAAAAAAGGUCCCCAAGCCUUAAGAUCUGACAUCACCUACAAAUAUUUUCAUUGUAGACUUUUUCAGUGAUCAAUUUGUUUCUGCAUCAUGCCAUUUCUGCAUCGGGUCAAAAAAGAUACGCACACCGUUUUUAGUUUUAUCGUUUUACAUAUGUCUACAAAGUUUUAGUUUUCGUCCAGUUUUAUAUUGGAUUGGAAUUUUACUACCAGCAAAUGUAUUAAGUUAUGAGUAUUUUUUCAUGAACUAUAGUGUUGGAAAAAGUGCAGCGGGCCCUUGAUGUGUUGAAUCUCAAGAGAAGCGGCAAUUCCAGAGAAGGAUUCAAGGUGGUUGAGUAACAUUAAUAAUGUUAAAAUACAAAUACCCUUGCAAAGAAAGCUGUAAAGGUCAUUGCCUCUUCAAGUCUUUCUGCAGUUCACAGCCUCGGAAAUUUAGUGAGAAGAAUGAGUAUUCAUUUUUAGAUUCUUCUAAGAACUGUGGAAACAAACCAACUUUGUACUGUUUACUUUCAGCAACUCCAAUCUUUGAUAGACAUUCGCCAUCAGUUAAAGCUAAGUCUAAAAUUUUCUGCAAGUCAAAAUGUAUUUAAAAGCAAUUGUAAUAGCACUUCAGAGAUCAUGUUUAAGGUAGUGAACUGUAGCAUUUUUAAUCAUCUUGUUUUAAAAUUAUGUUAAUUAUGAUUUAAAUUGCAUCAACUUAAAUUCUUUUUUUUUUCUGAUCAAGAUUUUUUUUUUAAAGUAUUGAAUUGAACUUAUUAGUAAAUAUUUACAUGGAAUUAAAUAUUUAUUUGAAUUUAUUAGGAAAUAUUAUGUUAUUUGAGAAAGAAAAAAUUACUUAAUUCUAAAAAAAAGUGCAAUGUGAUCAGCAGUUUCUCCCCUUUCUGGAACUUCUAAUGUUUUUUCUUCUCUCUGCAGUUUUGUUAAAAUUUAAAACAGCAAAGUUUGUAAAAGAAGUGUUAUAGAAUAGUGAAAUGUUUUUCAAGUGUGAAAUAUGUUGAAAGGAUUUGAGAUAAUGAACAAUUAAUCUGUUAUGUAAAUAUAAGUAUUUUUAGAAACUAGAAAUUUCUGGAUUUCAAACUAGUACCCCAGAACAUUUCCUUGGUCAACUAAAAUCCUCCCUGGGGUAUUAAAUCACCACUGAAUGGGCCUACACAGAACAAUCUUUAUCAUGAAUUGAGUGAAAAUUACAUUGAUUGUGUACAUUUCUGAAAUUGCUUUGUGUUAUUUAAUUUCUUUUUAAAACUUUAUUGCUUGUUGAUCAAUGACUUUGAAAUUAAGUUUUAAAUGUUUAUAUGCAACUUUAUGUGUUGAAGUAAUAAAGGAGCAUAGUCUAACUCUAUUUUGUGCUGAAAAGCACCAAAUCUGCUGUUUUGAAUUUUGAAAUGUUGUACUACGUAUGAUUCCAUUCGGUGAUGCAGAGCACAAUUAUGCAUGCCCCCUUCAACUUGUAAUUUUAACACAGAUGAGGAAUCAAGUUAAGCUAAUUUAUUUUUUUUUAAACUAAUGAUAGAUAUGGAAAAAAUGCCCCCCCCCCCAACCUUUGUGUAGACUGUUUUUGGGAACCAAUGCCAUGCAAACUAGAUGUUUACAUGUAUAUUCGCACAUUUCAGAGUGACUGAAUCUUUUUCAGUGAAGCUAUGCAACAAAAAAAAAGUUAUUUUUCUGACAUAAAUCCAGUUUUUUGCAACUAAGGAAAUGUUCUUUUGUCUCCAAAACGCUUAAAUGCAAUUUCAAUUAAAAACUAUACUUGAACAUAUUGGAUUUUUCCAAUUACAUUUACAAAAAAUUUCAGUUUAAACAAUUAUAAUGAUAAUAGUAUGAAUUAAAUUCAUACUUUGGGUGAAAAAUAAAUGUUAUGUUGAGAGUUUCACUUACAGAGGGAGCAGAAACUUUUUCAUUUAACACAGAAUGCCCUUCAAUGAAUAAAGGUAAAAGGAGUUGAAAAGUAUUAAUGAAGGAACUAAAUGCAAAGUUUCAAUAUCAGAAUAGGAAAAUUAGAUUGAUCAUUCAUGACGUAUUUACUUUUAAAGUGUACAUGCUGUGUAAUCAAAUAACAAGUAACUUUUAUAUAAAAUACCAAGGGCUUUAUAGCUUAAAAAUAGUUUUAUUUUAAAAUGAUAAUAAUGUGGGGAAAAAAAUGAAACUUUGUACCACUUAAAGAUUUUGAAAUGCAGUUUCUUCAAUUUGUUUCCCACGAAAAUACAUUUUAUUCAAAAGAAAACUAAUUACUGUGAUACUUUGGAAUAAUAAGAAUAAAAGCAAAAUUACAGAAAAACAGAGAUCCAAUUUUUGUAGAGAAGAAGUUUAUCAGUAUUUUGUUAAAAACAAUAUUUUUAAAAAUAUAUUUCUUCUAUUUCUACCUUAAGUAUCUUAUUUUGAAUAAACAGAUAUUUUUAAGUUGUUACUAUAGACAGUAUAAAAUGUAACAACAAUGCAAGAAUUAAUGUUUUAUGAUAAUUUCAAAAUAGAUAUUGACAAUUUUUUAAAAAAAACCUUGAUUGAUUAAAAUAUUUUUUACAAUAAAUUGCAAAUUUUAACUCUUCAAGCCCGUAGUACAUGUACAUACUCAAAAGGAAAAUAUUCAUGUUUUGUAAACGUGGACAAUUUCAGCAAUUCGUUAAUGUAGAAUAAUUUUCAAAUUAUAAAUUUUUUUUUUAGUCUGCUCAUUUCACUGAACAGGGCUUGAAGAUAAAUUUACUGUACUAAGGGUAAUUUAUAAUAUUAUGAGUAAUGUAUAGGUUUAAUCUACUAGAGACUUACCUCCUGCUUGAAGGCUUGAUCUUUGCCACUGCCCCCCCCCCCCCAUCCUCAAGUUCUUUUAAUAUUAAAAUAAUUUUUGUGUUUCACAUUUGGUUUAUCAAAUCUCAAAUUCUUCAUUAGGUUACUAAACAGUAUUAGAGUAGUUUUAUUAUUUUUCUUGUUUAAUUAUCAAGAUGUCUGAAGUCAAUUGACAUCUGCUCUAUCCACCUUAUAUUUUCAUGUUAAGUAUUAUUCAAAUUACAUUGCUUGUUGCUUUUUAUUUGUUGUUUAAUGUUUCAAAGAUUAUUUUAGAACACCCUAAAAGUGAUAUUUAUGAAUUUCUUGACAGUAACUGAAAAUUUGUACAAUUAGUAUGUCACUACAAUAUCUGUACUCCAGAGGGAAACUUGUAACCAGCAAUUCCUGAACCAGUGAUGCCCAGCCUAUGGCCUGCAAGCCACAGACUUAAUGUUACGAAUUGAAAACAAUGUUUUAGAACCUUCAAAAACAACGAGAUAUCUUCAUUAAGGGUAAAUUCAACAAACUAGCAGCCAGAAUAUUUUGAAAUUAGUUUCUGAAAGACAUGCAAAAUUUGCAUUAAUAAAAUAAGCACCAAGUAUUGAUAGUAGCAAGUCUUGGCUCAUAAUUUUCAUUUCUUUUCUGUGCUUCCUUGAAAUUUUGAAAAAUAAAAUUAAAUUUUACAAGCAUAAUGCCCCAUAAGAUUCAUAUGAAUAAGAGGUACAGACUUCAGGUUAAAAAAAAAAAGAUGGGCACCUCUUUCUUAUACAAUAGCAAUGUCUAAUGCAUUUGUAUAUAGCUUCGACAGUAAUAGGCUGAAAAAAUAUUUGCUAGUUACCACAGUUUACCUCCAGGAUACCUAUGCAUUUUUAUUUACAUUAUUUUCAAUUUAAAUUUCCAUACUACUACAAUUAUUCUUAAAUUACUGAUCAUAAGUCUGCAAUUUUUGGGAGUAUUUAACCAUUUAAAAGUAUUAUUUGCAGUGUUUUGUUGUUCAAAACAAAUUUAAUCAUUUCUAUACACUAAAAUAAAAAAUCUAUGGUAUUAAUAUGUACAAAUCAUUUUACAUUUAUUUAGAAACUAAAAAAAUAGAAGGAAAAGUUUUUAAUUAAUUAAAGUUUGAUAAUAUUUAAGAAUAAGUAUGCUGCCAAUAUAUGUUAACUGAAAUUUCAUCAAAGAUAGUUAACUUGAAAGCAAUUAUUGUCUAAUGCUUCAAGACACAAUUUGUUCGGCAAAUAAUAUAGGCAAUCAAAUUAUAACUAAUUUUGGGCUUUGAAAUAAUCUAUUAAAUCAAGCUAAGUUUUUAAAAAUACUUAUCUGAUUUAUUGGAAAAGCUAAUUUUGCUGUUAUUUUAAACAAAAACUAGUUUUCUACUUAUAAAUGAAAGGAAAUGUUAACUAUAUUUUUAACAUGUUUGUCAUCAAGAAAUCAGCUCCCUGACACACCUAGUAAACAAUAUCAAUUGAAGAGAAGGAGCUGUUUUGGUGCAGGCAAUAUUGCAUGAUUUGACAAUGAAUAUGUUGAAAGAUAUUUUUCAAAAGGGAUGGAAUUAUCCAACCCUACAUCCAUUUGUGAACAACAUAGGGACCAGAAAAUACUAGAUUUAAAGUUUUGAAGUGUGCAUGUUUAUGUGGAAAAAAGGAUCCAACUUUUUUCAUUUAUUAAAAGAAUUAACAUUGUAGAUGGACGAUUCUUUAUUUGUAUUAAUUAUUUUUGUUACCAUAUUAUACUUUAUAUUAAGUUUAAAAUUUUAAACAGUCAUAACUUGUCAUAAUUGUAAUUUAGAGAAAAUUUUUAAUCUUCUCUGUUUAUGGUUUACAUUUUUAUUGAACUACUCAGAAGAAAGUUUAUUUUUCAUUUCAGUUUUGAAGUUGCAGUGAAAACUUAAAAUGCAUUACAAUAGAUAAAGAACAAGUAUUUUAAGUUUUCUCUUAAUAUUUGACUAUAUUUCCUUACCUAAAUGAUUGAAUCGUCCAUUAUAGUAUGUUAAUCCAAAAGUAGUAUGGCUCAUUUUCAAUUCUUGAUGAUCAGCUAAAUGUAUAUAUUGUUAUUAAUAUAAUUUAAAAUUUUUGUUAUUAUUUGGAAUUUCUUUUGUAUUAAAUUAUAAUCUCAAGAAAAAUUUGUAGUGACUAGUUUCUUGCCAAUGAACUUAAAUUAUUAACUGGUUAAGAUUUUUUUUUUAAUUUGAAGUAUUGCUUUUGUUAAUUAUUUGUUUUUUAAAUCGACUAUAAAGCUGCUAAACUCUACAUAAUAUUUAGAUCACAUCUUCAAUUUCAUAACUGUACUAAUAUUACAGGUGUAUAUAUUUUUAUUGAAUUGUUGCAUUAAAGUUUUGUAUAAAAUA